GGUUCUUUCUCUGGGUGUAGAGAGCAAGCAACUGCCCAGCAGCAAUGAGUCAUCUACCGAGGGUCUCACAGCAUCAAAGAGUUACGUACUGCCUCUCCGCUUUGAUAAUGGAAUUACAUAACACCCCGCAAUAAAGAUAACGGCUCGACUUGCCAUCCGGGAAGAGAGCCUCGGCUGCUCUUGCUUUCCGCUGAGAGCUUAUGUAAGACGUCCCUGAUCCAAAGAGGAAGGCACGUCUCCUCCGACCUCAGGACAGUCAACUUCAUGCUGUUACCAGCCGUUUGUCCAGGCAUGGAAUCAGAUAUACGGUUCGUCUGCCCACGCCCCAGGAACCCGAGGGCCUGUGAUUCAUGCAAAAGCCACAAGACCCGAUGUUUGCCCAGCAGAAUAGACGGAGCAUGCCAGAGAUGUCUAAGAGUGUCAAAGAAGUGCUCUUUUACAACCUCAAGGAGCCGCAGACCGCAGCCAGAAACAUCGGACAAGUCGCCUAUUCUCGCCGCAACACCCAAAGACCCUGAAUCGGAUGAUUUGUUGCAAAAGCUGUGCUCUGAUGGCUUUGGUCUCAGAUACACUGAUGAAACAGAUCGUUUAUUAGCGCACCACCAGCAGUUAUUCCAGAAGCCUCGGCCUCAAGCUCCAUCGGAGGAACUCGAUCGUCCUGCUCCUCUGCAACCACGCCAUGAGAUGAAGCUCACUCCAAAAAGGGCCAGGGAACUCUUGGCUGUAUUUCGGGCAAUGAGCCCCUAUUUCCCGUUUGUGACUAUCCCGCCCAAUGCUACAGUGGAAUCGCUCUGCGCCCGCCGUCCCUUUUUAUUCUUGGCGAUUCUUACCGUUUCGUCGGCCGGGGAUCCAUACCUGCAGCGGAUUCUCAAUGAAAAAUUUCGGAUGCUAUUGAGCUCGAGGAUCAUCAUUCAAGGGGAGAAAAGCCUUUACCAUCUCCAGGGAUUGCUAGUCUAUUUGGCAUGGUAUCCAUUACAUCUAAUGCCCAUGAGUCAUCAAAUUUUCAAAUAUAUCCAGAUAGCCAUCGGCAUGCUAUCAGAGCUAAACCUGGACGAGUUUGUCACGGGAAGAUUAUGGCCAGACUCAUCCCACGAAAGUGAGGCGAAACGUGCUUGUCUGGGUUGCCAUUACCUUUCUUCGGCAAUAGCGGUCGGCUUUAGGAAACGCAAUCGUCUCAAAUUGACUCAAUCAGUGAAACAGGUUAUAUCGGAAUUUUCUGCAUACGAUGAAGGGUCAAUCGAAGCCACAUGCGCAGCUACUAUGGGGCUUCAAUCUGUCAUAGAUGGUAUUGCAGACUGUGAGCUUGAGACUUGGCUAGAAAUUGCUCCAUAUACAGGAGAAUGCCCGCUGUCGGCCCUGGUAAGGUCCUUUGAAACCCAGCUAGCCGAUAUACAUAGCAAAAGGUUUAGCAGUCACCAAACCCAAGUUCUACUUGAGUUGGCUCGGUUAUUGGCUCUAGUCAAAAUGCACGCCAUACCGGUGGACCAGCCGCGGCAACAGCCAGAGAGAACCAGCGGACAGCCAGUUGAUGCCUUGAGCUACUUUCAGGUCUUGAGCCGAUGCUGGGAGGAGACAAUCAACCUUCUUGAAUAUUACCUCCGCAUCCCCAGCGACGAAUAUGCUAAAGUUGGGUUUGUAUCACGGUCUUGUGUUUCACACGCGGUCGCAGCCUUUUCUCGGCUCUGUGAUUUCCAGAUACCAGAACUUCCACAAUGGCAACCGCUAGUAAAUGAACGGCGAAGCAAGUUUAUGGCUCGCUUGCGCGAUCUGAGGGCCCAAUUCGAGAAACUUUCCAGAAGGGGCCAGCAGGCUGGAGAGCCGCCGGACUACUUCUCCCUGUCUGUUUCCAUUAUGGAUCUAAUAUGUUCUCGUUUGAAACCCUCUCCGGAACAAGCUGAGAAAGAUAUAGGAAAUCAUACAGCGAAGCACAGUCGUUGUCCAAUGCUAAACGGGAGCCUGAAGGAAACAAACUAUUGGGCUGAUUUUGAAAUCAGCCUACAGCAGUGGCCAAAAUCCGAUACAGAUUUCUCCAGCCAUCUUCCAGAGUUAUUUAGCUAUGACUGUACAGGCCAGGAGUGCGCAUCAGCUUCUACGGAGCUCGGAUCUUGGCCUUCCUCGUUUACAGACUGGAUCAACCUGCCUACUGAAUAAAAGACGGGGGCCCUCGACGGAUCGUUCAGUUGAUCCUGGAAAUAUACAUAGACACAUGACAUCUGUAUCAUCUGGCAUAUAUUAUGAUGAUAUAUUUCGAUUAAUGUCAGCUAGAAGAUCCCCUCAAAUAACCAUCUGUUCUGGUUCUCGCCUCCAGUCAUACUC